GGAAAUAUCUUACCCUAAUCUCACUAUUUUUGUUUUCAAGUUCUGAGGUGAAAGUCCAAAUAAAAAACCCUAAUUCAUGGCAGGGAUGUACGGCCAAGACGCCGGAGACGGCUAUGGAGGAAGUGGUGGAGGUGGAUAUGGUGGUGGCGGCGGAGGUGGAGGCUAUGGAGGCGGUGGACCUGGAGGAUAUGGAGGCGGGGGUGGAGGUUAUGGAGGAAAGGGCGGUGAUAGUGGUUACGGCGGCGGAGGCAGCCGUGGAGGCGGCGGUCGAGGUGGUGGAGGUUAUGGCGGUGGUGGACGAGGGGGUGGAGGAGGAGGAUAUCAAGGAGAUCGCGGAGGUAGAGGCGGUGGGGGCCGAGGCGGUCGCAGUGGGAGCGGCCGAGAUGGCGAUUGGGUUUGUCCUAAUCAAAGUUGUGCAAAUGUAAACUUUGCUAGAAGAGUUGAGUGUAACAAGUGUGGUGCUCCCUCCCCUGCUGGAGCUGGUGGUGACCGUGGGGGCGGUGGUGGUGGUGAUCGUGGGGGUGGUGAUCGUGGGAGUGGUGGUUACAGUAGAGGAGGGAGUGGUGGCGGAUAUGGUGGAAGUCGUGGUGGCAGAGGUGGGGGUUACGAUGGGGGUAGAAAUGCUAAUUACGAUGGAGGUAGAAGUGGUAGUUACGAAGGGGGUAAAGGGAGUAGUUAUGAUGGUAGUAGAGGUGGAGGCAGUAGAGGGGGUUCCUAUGGUGGUAGCCAAGGCAGAGAAGAUAGUGGAUUUAACCAGGCUCCUCCUGCCGCGCCCCCAUCUUAUGGUGGAAGUGGGGCAGGUGGGAAUUAUCCUCCAUCCUAUAAUAGUUAUGGGGGAAAUGCCAAUUAUGGAACUGAUGCUGUUCCUCCUCCAACAAGCUAUACUGGUGGACCUGCCUCAUAUCCUCCAUCUUAUGGUGGUAGUGCCGGUGGUUAUGGUGGUGAUAGUUUAGGCGAUGCAAGGGGUGGUGGCCGUGGUCCUUCAGGUGGUCACAAUGGUGGUGGUGGGUAUGGUGGUGCUGGUAAUCGUGGUGGUUAUGGCUCUGCUCCUGCAGAAACCCCGGCCAAGGUGAAACAGUGUGAUGACAACUGUGGGGAUACUUGUGACAAUUCUAGAAUAUACAUCUCAAAUUUGCCGCCUGAUGUUACAAUUGAAGAACUCAGAGAACUUUUUGGGGGCAUUGGACAAGUGGGAAGGAUCAAGCAAAAACGUGGUUACAAGGAUCAGUGGCCUUGGAACAUCAAAAUCUACACAGAUGAUGCGGGAAACAACAAAGGAGAUGCUUGUUUGGCCUACGAGGAUCCAUCUGCCGCACAUUCUGCUGGAGGCUUCUACAACAAUUAUGAUCUGAGAGGAUUUAAAAUCAGUGUUGCAAUGGCAGAGAGGUCGGCGCCAAAGCCUGCAUUUGAGCAUGGUGGUGGUGGUGGUAGAGGUGGAUAUGGGGGCGGAGACAGGCGCAGGGAUAAUUACAGAGAUGGUGGAGGUUCUGGGCCAGAUAGGCAUCAGCAUGGGGGAAAUCGCUCGCGGCCUUACUAAGGAUUAAUCCAUCCAGCAUUUUAUGUAAUGAGAAUUAUGGUCUGAGGGUUUUUAUAAUAUUUCGUUGGAGGGGUGCUUGAGCUGGAGAUUAAGAGGUAGGUUGUUCACUUGCCUCUUAGUAACCUGAUGCUCCUCUCUUACUUUAUCUGCCACUACUUGGAGGGAUUCCAAUACUAGUCAUGGGAUUGAUUUAAUUGUGUGAAUGUUUUUAUAGAGGCAAGUGGAUAAUCUCCAAAAUGCUUGCUGCUAAGGUAGGUUGAUAUUUUCAGGUGAGUGCAGCUCCUCCUUUAUCACUAUUAUUCAUACUGUUAUGUUUUAAGUCUUCCUAGGAAAUUGUUCUACUUCUGCACCAUAUGGAUUUAUUAGAGACAGACACAAGCAUGACUGUUUACAAAUUUUCAUUCAUCUGAACAUUGUUACAUGUGUUGCUGAGACAGAAACAAGCAUGUAGACAGUUAUUUUGGAUGCACGAUUGUUUACAAAUUUUCAUUCAUGGAUUUUCUGACUAAAUGAUGAAAUAUUCAACUCAUAAGUUUGGUCUUUAGGUCGCUUUAUCGUUUUGUUUUAGGACUGGCAAAACACAAAGAAAAUAUCAGCUGCUUCUUGGCUAUAGAUUUUGUUUCUUCUUUACCCUCAACACACAGAAAGGUCUCUUAUAAUCAGCUGGCUCUAGUGUUCAGAAAAUAUCAUCAACAAUGGGUUUGGUUUCAAAUUGGCAAGUGUAGUAAGAACCAGAAUUGCAAUUCUUCUGAGUAUUUUAAGAAACUUAGUACUAGAAAUUUGUACCUGGUGUGAGGUGUUUAAGGAACUAGUGUUAUGGAUGCGACUUUGCUGCCAAAUUAUUGAGGCACCCUCUGCUCUUCGCUGGCUACUUGGUGGCAUUGUGGAAGUUGCUCUCUUGAUUAUGCAAAUUACUUGUUAGGCCGUCGUUCUUCCCAUCUACAAGUAAAAAAACUUCACAUAGGACGGUCGUGUACUUGUCAAUCUUGUACUUUGUAUUAGGUUUUAUCGGUCCUCGGCGGUGUGUUUCUGUUUAGAUUGGAGUGAUUAUUGUACCAGUAACCGAUCCUCUGAACAGAUUUUAUCAAAAAAAAAAAAAAAGAAAUCGGGUCCUCUGAGCAGUCUCUGUCGUCUCAUUUAAUAAUUUUAGCCGUUUUGUUUGAUCGGGACCAGAGGUAGAGUUAUGUGUUUGAGUUGUCUUUGGCUUGCACUAAUCCAUUGGAUUCGUUUUCCUACCGAAACUUUUCAUCUUGUUUGAUCA